CGUCAGGCGUGCAAUUCCUACAGGACUGAAUGGGCGCCAUUUUUAGUCCGGUAUCCAGCUCUUAUAAGACAUCCACGGCGCCAGGCGAGCAAUUCCUACAGGACUGAAUGGGCGCCUUUUUUAGUCUUCCAUGCCGUAGCCCCACUAAAGCGUCAUUUCAUAUUUCACAGUUGCAGUGGGUCUACUGCGCAGCUUGGAAUUUACAGUCGGCAAAAAAGAGGGGAGCCUUUCUUAGCUAACGCUCGAGCACAGGCUAACCCUUUAUUUGGAGGAGAAACUGGAAUUAAAGCGCCUCGGAGUCCACCAGCCACGGAAUACUGUCAUCACUCAAACAGCUGGUAAAAUUAAGCGCGGGUUUAACGUGGUGAAGUUUGCCCAGAGGAAAAACCGCCAUGACGCCCUCUUCUGAGCCGUCAGCUGGAUUAUACAAAGGUAUGAUUCACAUGUGAGGAUUAAUACUCUCCUUCAGGGACACUUCUCUUUGGCCAGCUCAAAGGAUUUAAGGGUUUAUUAAGUGGGCCAGUUGCCAUAGCGACGCUUUGGCAGGAUAUUGCCAGGAUAAGCCGUAAUGGGUCUCCUGACGCAGUUCACUCUGCUCCUGUGGAAGAACUUCACUCUCCGGAAGAGACAAAAGGUUCGGUUGGUCGUUGAAGUGAUAUGGCCUCUGUUCCUCUUCUUUAUAUUGGUGUGGGUGCGGUCCACAAACAAACCAAUUUUCAAAGGCCAAUGCCACUACCCUAAUAAAGCCAUGCCAUCAGCUGGCGUGCUGCCCUGGCUUCAAGGUAUGAUUUGUAAUAUCGACAAUCCCUGUUUGAACUAUCCAACACCAGGGGAGACACCAGGCCAAGUCAACAACUUCAACAACUCCAUAAUUUCUGGGAUGUUGAUUGAGCUGCAAACCCUCCUGGUAAACAGAUCUAUUCUCAACAAGGCACAACUACUGGCAGAUGAUGUCGACCAGUGGGCUUCAGUCCUGUCACAGUCUAACCCUGGUAAUGGUCAACCGAUGAUCCUGGGGAGUAUUCUAAGAGAAAAUGAAACUUUCUCCAAGCAUCUGAAAGAGAAUUUGUUGGUGCCACCAACAGUGGUCCAAAGCCUUCUUGCUGCUAAGAUUUAUGUCAAUCCAAUGACAGGCAUCCUGAGACCAGGUGAACUGAGGAGCAUCCUGUGUGAGGGGACAGAUCUGGAUGAGUAUGUCCAAUUUAGCAGCCAAGCUGAAAAGGGGGCAUUUCAAAAUGUCAGCUGCUCCCUCACUCCACAGCAGCUGAUUAACACCCAGGAAAUACUACUGCAAAACCUGGACGCAAGGAAGGUGCUUUCUGAGCUCCCUUCAGCUUUGGAUCUGAAUGCAGCUGACACAGUGACACUGAUUGGGAAAACCACUGCAGAUGCAUUACCAGUGAUUCGUGAGAUGGCCAGGUUGCGGAACUCCAUGAUCUUUAAGGCUGCUAGUUCAUUGGAUUUCCAGGAGGACAUGAUUGGCAGCAUCAAUACGUUACUGUGUGGAAAGCAACCUGACUUCAACUCCACCAAUAUGACCCUCAGUUUACCCUCAUCUAGACAGAUGGCUAACACUAAGGCAGUGUCCUCUAUGAGCAACAGUUCCGACGCUUUUUGUCAGACUCUCGUCGACACCCUGGAGGGCACACCUGGUUUACGAUACAUUUGGAGCACCUUCAAGCCGUUAUUGCAAGGGAAAGUCCUCUACACACCUGAUACACCUGCUGCUCGCCUUGUGGUGAAAGAGGCAAAUAGCACAUUCAAUGCCUUGGCUAUGUUGAAAGACCUGGCUGAUUCAUGGGAGGUACUCGGGCCACGUGUCUGGAAUUUCUUUCAAAAUAGCACCCAAGUCAACACAUUACGGGCUUUACUGGCAAAUCCACUGUUUGCUGCUGCCCUCAACCAGCGUCUCAAUGGCACAGGAUGGACAGCAGAGCUGCUGGCCAACUUCUUGUACAACGGGCCUCCAGAGGAUCGUCCAGUCGGCAUGCCGCCCAGUGACUGGCGGGAUGUUUACAACAGCACUACCCAAAUCCUGAAGCUUCUCUCCAACUUCCUUGGUUGUUUAGACCUGAACAAGUUUGAGGCAGCCCCCAGUGAAAGCCAUCUGGUAACCAAAGCCUUGCAGCUUCUGAAGAAUGAUACGUACUGGGCCGGCGUUGUCUUUGAAAACCUCCAGCCGUACUCCGGCCAACCCCCUCCUUAUGUCAAGUACAAAAUCCGCAUGGACAUUGAUGAGGCAGAGCGCACCAACAAAGUGAAAGACAGGUUAUGGUCUCCUGGAGCCCGAGACAACUCCUUUAACGACCUGCGCUAUAUAUGGGGAGGCUUUGCCUACCUGCAGGAUAUGAUGGACCAUGGCAUUAUACGAACACAGACGUCAAAGACCCAACCCCUUGGUGUUUUCGCCCAGCAAAUGCCAUACCCUUGCUUCGUGGAUGACGUGUUCCUCCGGUCCCUGGCACGAUCCCUUCCCUUGUACAUGACUUUAGCCUGGAUCUACUCUGUGGCCAUGAUCGUUAAGGGUAUUGUUGCGGAGAAAGAAGCGAGGCUGAAGGAGACCGUGAGGAUCAUGGGCCUGAGAAGUGCCAUCUAUUGGCUGAGCUGGGCAGUGUCCAGCGUGCUGCCGCUGGCCAUCAGCGCUCUCUUCCUUACCCUUAUACUCAAGUACGGCAAAGUCCUGCAAUAUAGCGACCCCUCAGUCAUCUUCGUCUUCCUGCUGGUGUUCUGCCUGGUCACCAUCACUCAGUGCUUCUUCAUUAGCGUCUUCUUCUCUAAGGCCAAUUUAGCGGCCGCAUGCGGUGGCCUCAUCUACUUUGUCCUCUACCUGCCGCACAUCCUUUGCUACGCCUGGAGGGACGUCAUGGGUUUCGGGGCCAAGGUUGCCGUGAGUUUAUUGUCAUGUGUGGCUUUUGGCUACGGCUGUGAGAACUUUUCCAAGUACGAGGAGCAAGGCAUCGGUAUCCAGUGGUCCAACAUUGGCAAGAGUCCAGAGGAAGGGGAGCGCUACACCUUCAUUGUGUCCAUCAUCAUGAUGCUGUUUGAUGCUGUGAUAUACUGGGUGCUCACCUGGUACAUUGAAAAUGUCUUUCCAGGCCAAUACGGAAUCCCUAAGCCGUGGUACUUCCCUUUCACUGCUUCUUAUUGGUGUGGGACCGCCUCAGUGACUGACGUUGACCCCGGUUUGCUGAAGGACUCUGGUGCACAUAACGAGUAUCUGGAGAAACCGCCACCCAAUAUGAAAGCCGGGGUCUCAAUCCGCAAUCUUGUCAAGAUCUACAAGACUGGCAAGAAACUGGCUGUGGACGGACUGAGUGUGGACUUCUACGAGAAUCAGAUCACAUCUUUUCUCGGCCACAACGGAGCUGGAAAAACAACCACAAUGUCAAUUCUGACAGGACUGUUCCCCCCCACAUCAGGAACUGCCCUCAUCAAUGGAUUUGACAUCCACACCGACAUGGACAGCAUCCGGAAGUACUUGGGAAUGUGCCCGCAGCACAAUGUCUUAUUCAAUGAGCUGACAGUGGAGGAGCACAUAUACUUCUACGCCAGGCUGAAAGGAUGCAGCCGCGAUGAGGUGAAAAUUGAGAUGGACCAGAUGAUUAAGGAUGUCGGUUUACCGCAUAAGCGCAAGGAUCUUGCUAAGAACCUGUCAGGUGGGAUGCAGAGGAAGCUGUCUGUGGCUAUAGCAUUUGCCGGCGGAUCAAAAAUCGUCAUCUUAGAUGAACCUACAGCAGGAGUGGACCCCUAUGCCCGCAGGGGUAUCUGGGAACUGCUGUUAAAGUACAAACAAGGUCGCACCAUCAUUUUGUCUACACACCACAUGGAUGAGGCAGACAUCUUAGGCGAUCGCAUUGCCAUCAUCUCCCACGGCAAAAUGCGUUGCUGCGGCUCCUCGCUCUUCCUAAAGAAGUGUUUUGGCAGUGGCUAUUACCUCACUCUGGUCAGAGAUGGGAAUGAAAAGAUGACAUCGCAGCGUAAUGGUGUCAUACACAGUCAGGCUAAAAAGGAAAAAGACUGUCCUUCGAGGAGCAGCAGCCCAGACGACGGCAUUGGCAGCCAAAGCUGGGGCAACUCUGAUCCAUCAGAUUUGACAGCAGUGGGUCAACUUGUGAGGCGCCACGUCCCCGAGGCUGUCUUCUUGGAGAACAUCGGUCAGGAGAUCACCUACAUACUGCCCUAUGGUGGAGCCAGAGAUGGGACCUUUGCCCUGCUCUUCCAUGAGCUUGACCUGGCCCUAGCUGACCUCGGCCUGACCAGCUACGGCAUCUCUGACACAACACUGGAAGAGAUAUUUCUAAAAGUGGCUGAAGAUACUGGCGUGGAUGCAGAAAUUUCAACAACACAGGAGCUGUUGGUGAGAGACUGCAGAAGGAGCUCUCGUGAAUCCAAACGGAACAGCAUCGCCGGCGUCCAGACUAAAACAGAAAUCUCUGGAUUUAGUGAUUUAAAAGAAAAGUUCACAAGUAAAGUGGAAGACUCAAAGAGGAACGCCAGUGUCAAUGGAAGGGGAUCCACGGUCAUCACCGGAUGGGAGCUGAUCAGGAGGCAGUUCCUGGCGCUCUUUAUCAAGCGCUUCCAUCACGCCAGGAGGAGCCGCAAGGGACUCAUUGCACAGGUGGUCCUGCCUGCUGUUUUUGUGUGCCUGUCUCUGAUCUUCUCACUCAUCGUCCCACCGUUUUCCGAAUAUCCAAGUCUGGAACUACAACCUUGGAUGUAUGGUCUCCCUCAAACCACCUUUUACAGCAAUGAUGGGCCAGAUAAUGUGGAGGUGUCCCAUGUGGUGGAAACCCUAGUGAACAACCCUGGCUUUGGGACUCGCUGCAUGAAGGGAGACCCAAUACCGAAGUUACCGUGUGCCUCCAGUGGGUCUGAUUGGUUCACUCCGUCUGUGGACCAGUCAGUGACUGACAUCUUUCUCAACGGGAACUGGAGCAUGUCAAACCCCUCCCCCUCUUGUCAGUGCAGCACUCCUAAACGGACAAUCAUGUUACCAGACUGUCCACUUGGUGCUGGAGGGCUUCCUCCACCUCAGAGGAUUCAGAACACAACAGACACACUACUGAAUCUAACAGGACGGAAUAUGACGGACUUCUUGGUCAAGACUUUUGAGCACUCAGGAAAAACAAGGUAUGGAGGGAUCUCCGUCGGUGCAGUCAACUCCCAAGUCCGCCUGACCGAGGCAGCGAUCGAAGCCGCAUUCAGGGAUCUAAAAGACCUAUUCACUUCAUUUCAGGAUAAUGUGACUGAUCAGAUCCUCCAGAAUGCUGAGACUCUGCUGAAGAAGCUGGGAACCAGGAACAACGUAAAGGUGUGGUUCUACAACCGGGCAUGGCACGGCAUGGCGUCCUUCCUCAGUGUGGCCAACAACGCCAUCCUGAGGGGAAAUCUGCCAGCAGGACAGGAUCCCCGCCAGUAUGGCAUCUCCGUUUCCAAUCACCCCCUCAACCUCACCAAGCAGCAGCUCUCCUAUGUGGCCAUGGCCACAACCUCCACUGACGUGGUGGUGUCCAUCUGCGUUAUCUUUGCCAUGUCCUUCAUCCCUGCCAGCUUUGUCCUCUUCCUCAUCCAAGAGAGGGUGAACAAAGCCAAGCAUCUGCAAUUUGUCAGUGGAGUAAACCCAGCUGUCUACUGGUUGGCUAAUUUUGUCUGGGACAUGUGCAACUACAUCAUCCCAUGCUUGAUUGUGAUUGUGAUCUUCCUCUGCUUCCAACAAAAAGCCUACGUUUCCCCACCUAACCUGCCUGCUUUGGUUCUACUCCUUAUUUUGUAUGGGUGGUCCAUCACCCCCAUGAUGUACCCCGCCUCCUUCAUCUUCAGCGUACCCAGCACAGCCUAUGUGGUGCUGACCUGUAUAAACCUCUUCAUCGGUAUUAACGGCAGCGUGGCCACCUUUGUUAUGGAGCUAUUUGAUGAUGAUAACGUCUCCCGCAUCAACAACAUAGUGAAGCAGGUGCUGCUGAUAUUCCCACAUUUCUGUCUGGGCCGAGGGCUAAUCGACAUGGCCAAGAACCAGGCGAUGGCCACCCUCUUCAGCAAUUUUGGGGAGGACCGUUUCAAGGACCCGCUUAGCUGGGAGAUGGUGGGAAAGAAUCUUUGCGCCAUGUCCAUCCAGGGAGUUGUCAUGUUUACCGUCACGAUCCUCAUUCAGUAUAAGUUCUUCUGCAAACCAAGGCUUAUUUCAGGGAAGUCAUUAUCUGCAGAGGAAGAGGAUAUUGAUGUUGCUCGGGAACGUGAGCGGGUGUAUGAAGGCAGGGCCCAGAACGACCUUCUGAGGAUCUGUGAUCUGACUAAGGUAUACCCUCGGAAGAGCACCCCUGCUGUGGACAGGCUAUGUGUGGGCGUACCUGCCGCAGAGUGUUUCGGCUUGCUGGGAAUCAACGGGGCUGGGAAAACCACCACGUUCAAGAUGCUGACAGGAGACAUCCCAGUCUCCGGUGGAGAGGCCUUCCUAAAUGGAUACAGCAUACGCACAGAAAUGAGGGAUGUACACCAGAACACGGGCUAUUGUCCUCAGUUUGAUGCUAUUGAUGACCUGCUGAAUGGACGAGAGCAUCUGGAGUUUUACGCCAGGUUACGAGGGGUUCCAGAAAAAGAGGUCACCAUGGUGGCUGAGUGGGGGAUCCAGAAGUUGGGACUGGUCAAAUAUUCCAACAAAUCAGCAGGUACAUACAGCGGUGGAAACAAACGCAAACUUUCUACAGCGAUGGCCUUGAUCGGCUGCCCUCCAGUGAUCUUCCUGGAUGAGCCAACCACUGGGAUGGACCCCAAAGCCAGGCGCUUCCUGUGGGACUGCAUCCUGAGCGUCAUCAAAGAGGGACGCUCUGUCAUUCUCACAUCACACAGUAUGGAGGAGUGUGAAGCACUGUGCACACGCAUGGCCAUCAUGGUAAAUGGGCGCUUCAAGUGUCUAGGGAGCAUCCAGCAUCUGAAGAGCAGGUUUGGUGACGGCUACACAGUGAUUGUGAGAGUUGGUGGCUCUCCUCCUGCCUUGAAGCCGGUCGAGGACUUUGUCCAGUUGACCUUCCCAGGCAGCACCCUGACAGAGAAGCAUCACAACACACUGCAGUAUCAGCUCCCAUACACACAGGGAGCUUUGGCCAACAUCUUCAGUCAGUUCACCACCCAUCAACAGAGGCUGGGCGUGGAGGAUUACUCUGUGUCCCAGACCACACUGGAUCAGGUCUUCGUGAAUUUUGCGAAGCACCAGCAUGGAGAGGAGGACUCUCAGGCCUAUGACAACCCAGUGGACACCUCAGAUGAGGUGCCAAUGAAGUCUGUGAAGACCUCCAGAGAAAUGUCAGAGAAGGUGUAACGCCCAUAAGAAGAGCAUCACAUAUUGCACUUAAAGUAGAUCAGCAAGAUAUCUCAAACAAAACCAAAUGGAUGUGAUUUUGCACUGAUGAAAUGAUGUGUAUAUGAAAAAAACAAAACGCCAAAUCACCACGCCUGACAUUGGUCAACAGUACCAAACAUGUCUUGACAUAACUGAUCCAAAACUAUAAAUGUCUAAAUCUGUGGUGAAUGAUUCUCCAUGUCUGCAGCACUCAUUCUAUUGCCUUCACCUAAAUCCUAACUUAUUUAUUUUCACUUUAACAAAUGAAAAAAAUCUGCCAGUACAGUGUGAACAUUUCAACUUGUCUCCAGUAGAAACCGACCUGUUUCAAGAAUUUUCCAAAGAUGAGUGUCUGUCUCUUGACACAAGAAAGAAUAAGGCCGGUUACUGCACUAGAAUCAAGAAAAAUGAAACUAGAUUUUAGAAAAUACUUGUAAUAGGUCAAUUUGCAUUUGAAACAAGGUGAAAUAUUCUCUACUGGCAGAUUUAUUUUCACUUAUUCUACAGUAAGGAAAAUAAACUUCAAGAACAGAAUUACAUACAAAAAUGACUUGAUAAGAAGGAUAUAUUUGCAGUGUACAAUCAAGCAGCUGGAAUGCGGCAUUUCUCUGAUAAAACUCCACCUGAGUUUUGUUUGGAAUAUGUUGCUCACCUCUAUAUACCUCAGGAGGGUGUAAUGGCCAAAUUUUCCUUAGAAAGCAUCAUGCAUUGCACAGCACUUAGUAUACCUCAGGAUUGUACUUCAAAUUUAAUUAUAUUUUAGAUUUUAUGAGUUGUUUACAUUUGCUAUUGUUUAUAAUAAUGAUUUUAAAAAGAAAUUAAAAAAAAAAAGAAAAACAAGCACUGAUGUGUUUUCAUACCAAAGAUUGGCAUGGAUUUGUUGUAGCUGAGGAUGGUGUGAUCAGGCCAGAUGUUUGACUCACAACUGCUAAAAAAUGCCGGAUCACUUAUGUUGACAUUUAUCGACAUAUCAGAAAAUAUCAUCAAGCAACUAAUAUAGGAAUUUUUUGUCAACACAAAUGGGGUUAAACCACAGUUAGUUUCAAACCCGUAUUGUGAUUUGCUGACAGGCAUUCCAGUGAUAACUACUGAGCAAAAAGUGAUUAAAAAAUACCCUGUCAGAUAUGUUGGCCUUGAAUGUAUCAUUGAGCCUCCAAUUUGCUGUAGAUGAUGUUUAAUGAAAGACACUGAGGUUAUAGCAGUGGGAAAAUACAGAGUCAGUCUGAGUCAACCAGUUGAAUCAAACAUGUUGAGUCCGCAAGAAAGACGGCACAUCACGUCUCCGCACCAACCACAGCUUACAGGUAGCCGCCACUCAGGGCCUUUCUGAUGCUGCAUUACAGGCAGAGAUCAUGACUGCAAGUGGACACAUCAGAAAUAUUUCUCAAGAACUACUGAUGAAUGUAUGCGUAAGCACAGAUUUAUAUUUAAUGACAUUUUUAAUGUGUUGCUUGGCUGGAUGUAUCUAUUUUAUUUAUCAUAUUUCUUUGCAGAAUCUCAAUGAACUUUAAAACUGUUCAUUAUUUAGUCAUAGGAUGUGCUGGUAUUGGCACUGCUGUGUUAAUCUACAACCACCAGAGUCCAGUGCCAAUAUCACAGAUUAUAGCACCUUUUAACUGAAAACUCUUUAACAACCAAUGAUAACUAUGCAUAGCUACAUGCCUUAUUUACAAUAUAAAAUAUAUUGUCAUGCAAGUGUAUAGACCAUUUCCUUGAUGUAAACCAUUUGCUAAGUCCCACCCCACUUAUUGUUGCUAUGCCUGUUGCUUGUUGCUACGCUUUCUGUUCUCGCCAAGUCCCCAGGAACAACUCUGGGCUGUGAGGCAAUUUUGAUUUAGUGAAUACAAAAAACAGUGAAUACACUUUUAAAAUUAGUUUCCUCCCUUUGGUCCAAGAAAAUUUGGAAAGUCUAGAAGAGCUAACCGUUGACUUUGUUGAUUGAAAUGGCAACAGUUGCUAGAAAAUUCAGCAUUGUCAUAAUGGGUCAGUUAUGUUCAGGGAAGGGGUUUAGUGAAUGGUCAGUUGGGAAACAGCCCCAUUAUUUCAGUUGUUGAUCGUAAGAAGAAGAGAAAUACAGCAACAAAAAUGUAACUAUAAAAUGACCUUUGUUAUUAAUUAUAUAUAAUAUUUUUGAAUUCAAUUAUACAACAUAGCAGUAAUAUGAUGGGGUGUUACAAAUUUUGGACAAAUAAUAUCUGCAAAAAAACAAGACAAGAAAAACGACCUAAUAGGUCAUAAUGUCAGACGCCAUAAACAACCUAUAGUUACAUUUGAGUGACAGACACCAUCAUCAUAAUUCUGACCUGGAAAAGUAGCACAUUUCAGAUGAUGUUAUAUGAGGUGACAUAUUCAGAGGUGGCUGGUUGGGUGGCUGGUCAGAUCCUAACUUGCAAAAAGUGGACUUUGCUUCCAACCACAAGUGUCACGUUUCCAACUGCAAAUUGGGACAAUUUGUUUUAAAAACGUAACUACCAUGCUUACUGUGGCCAUGACAAUGAAGGUUGCCUAACUUUAACAUCACGUUUCAAGUAGUCAUUUUAACCCAAACUGUGAUCAUUUCCUAAAUCUAAUGGAGUGGUUUUUGCGCUAAACCUAACCAGACCUUAACCACAGCGUUGUCACAUCAUAAAACAUUAUUUUUUUAACAGUGAUUUGUAACGGUUUUGGAAAGCACAGACAAAUUAUGUUGUCCUACUGAUUACUGCCCAUAGAGGCGCAUGAUUAGCAGACGCUCUGAUGUGUCGUUCUGGAGUGCACAUGGUCGAAUGACCUAUUUGGUCGUUAGAGGACUUGUUGAAAAAAAAAACCUGAAAAAUGGUCUACACUGCACCUUGUAUCCCACUCAGGAAUGUUUACAUGCACUUUGGAUUCACUGUAAAGAGACAUUCAUAGCUACUUUCUUACAGUUUAGACAUUCACUACUGUACUGUACAACAUUGAGAGAUUGUAAGUGUCCUAAUGAUAAAAACACAAAACCUCUUACCUUAUGCAGCUUACAUUACUUGGUACUGAACUCUGUCCACAGAAUGUAAAUAAUUCUCUUAUUCUCCCCUCGCAGGCGCUCAGGUUUCCUUGCAGAGCUUGACAUAAUUUGUAUGCUGUGCUAAGUCCUCACAUUACUAUCUUGCCUGUUGCGAAGAAUAAUGAAUCUUAUUUGUACUGAGUAUUGCUUCAUGCCAAGACAAAUGAUUAAACAUUUGCACAAACUGUAA